GCGCGGCCGGCGCGAUCCGACGACUCGGUCUUGCAGGAGCCCAUGCGCAGCCCCGAGCAGGCGCCACCGGAGAGCUUCACGGUGGGAACCAAGACCUUCUCCUGGACACCCUUCCCGCCCGUCCCCGAGCGAGGCAGGGGCCGGGUCCGCUCCUGCCCGGUGUCCCCCCAACACCACCCCGCGCGUGAGCCCCGCGGGACCUCCAGCGCCGAGGAGCAGCCGUCCUUGGAGGGGACGCCGACCCUGCGGAGCUGCCCCAUGUGCCAAGCCGACUUCUCUCCCAGGCUGGCCCCGUCGGACAUCGACAGCCAUCUGGCUCAGUGCCUGGCGGAGAGCACGGACGACGUGGUGUGGUGAGCCCUUCCCGGCCCCGCGGCUUCUCCUCCACCUGCGAGACCACGUCCUCUGCUUCCCGUGCUAAGAAGCUACACAUUAAAACGUGUCAGUGUGAAGUGCUCGUAUCUCCGUGUGUGCAGACCGAAGCAUUGGGUCCUUUUUCCUCUGUGGCUGUCGCUGAGCAGAGUGAUGGCCAAGGUCGGGAAACGGACAGGGCCGCCUGGCAGAGGACCCGCCUGGGCAGGUUAGCGGGGACAGCCUCACGGGCAGUACGGGUAUUUGUGCCCGAGUUGGCCUGAGUGCGGACAUGGUGCUCACUGUGGCGCUCGGUGAAAGAUGCCCGUCUGAAAGGCUACGGACUAUGCGAUUCCAGCCAUAGGACACCCGAGAAAAGGCAGAACUGUGGAGACGAUACAGAUUGGCGGUUGCCAGAGGUCACUGGGGAGGGAGGGUUAAACAGGCAGAGCACAGGACUUUGAGGGCAGUGGAAAUACUCCAGGUGGACCACAGCAGUGGAUGCGUGAGACACACGUCAAACGUGGGUCCAGACCCACACUCAGUGCCGGUUCAGCAGUUGUUUUUUAAUAGCUUUGUAAAGAAAUUCUUUUUUGGUGGAAAAUUAAGUUUAUUUAUUUUUAAUGGAGGGACUGGGGACUGAAGCCAGGACCUCCUGCAUGCUAAGCACACACUCCACCACUGAGCUCUGCCCUCCCCCGAUUCAUCGGCUGUAACAAAUGCACCCUGUGUGGAGAGGGGAUGUUGAUGGUGGGGAGGCUGUGGGGGGGGCAGGGAUCCGAGACCUCUCUGUACCCACCUGUCACUUUUGCUGUGAACCUAAAACUGCUCUUAAAGUGUUUUUAUUAAAAUGGCUUCAACAGCCUUGGCUUCCUGGAGACACUUUUAAUGAAAAGAGUAACAGUCAGCAUUGUCGUUAAAGUUUUUAAUGAGUGUGCAAGACAGGAGCGGGCGUGGCUGUUGGGGACACUCACCCGUGGAGGGAGAGCUGCCAGCCACUCACUCAUCGUAUAAAACCACCAGGACGCGUCUGCCGCUUUACAAUCGUGGCGUCACCCGUUUCCAAAAACUGUUCCGAAAGGACACACACCUCGUUGUGACUGGAGCUGUUC